AGAGAGAUGGUGGCGCCGCAAUCUGCCUCGUCGCGCAACUAACAAUAUCGACUGGAGAGACUGGCCAUGAUGGAGGCCUAGUUGUGCACAGUCUGCUUGUGCGUGCCAAUUGCGGCGAUUUCCGUGGCGCAGAACGAGUUUUCGGGUGGCGGGGCCUUUCGGGCCGGUAGCUGAGACGCAGGGUGGCAUGCGGGCCUGCUGACCUCGCGACCCCGCUGACCAUGGGCGCCCAACAGACCAAGGAGAGGAUGGUGGCGACCGCCGGACUCACCGUGGGCCGGGCCACCAAAACCAAGCCCCGGGCCCCCAGGGAGGGCCGCCAGCAGGGCUCCAACAUCUUCACCGAGCACAGUGCGGCGCUGGUGCAGGCGAGGCGGCUGCCGGACAUUCCCGACCGGAGUGGCGACGGCAGCGAGUUGGGGGCGCCCCUCCUGGGCUCCAUGUCGCUGCUCGAGGGCGCCACCCGCUGGACGUCCAAAGAGAACCUGCUGGCUCAGGAGGAGGACGACCCGCAGCUCUUCGUCGCCCUCUACGACUUCCAGGCGGGCGGCGAAAACCAGCUGAGCCUGAAGAAAGGCGAACAAGUUAGAAUACUGAGCUACAACAAAAGUGGAGAGUGGUGCGAGGCACAUUCCACUGCUGGCCAAGUUGGCUGGGUCCCUUCAAACUACGUUUCACCGGCAAACUCUCUGGAAAAACACUCAUGGUACCACGGUCCGAUUUCGCGCAAUGCGGCCGAAUACCUUCUGAGCUCAGGGAUCAACGGCAGCUUCUUGGUGCGGGAGAGCGAGUCGAGUCCCGGCCAGCGGAGCAUCUCACUGCGCUACGAGGGCAGGGUCUACCACUACCGCAUCAACGAGGACCCUGAGGGCAAGGUCUACGUCACUGCCGAGAGCAAGUUCAACGCUCUGGCUGAGCUGGUGCACCACCACUCAAUGCACGCUGACGGCCUCAUCACGCAGCUGCUUUACCCCGCGCCCAAGCACAACAAACCCACCGUCUUCGCCCUCAGCCCAGAACCUGACGAGUGGGAAAUUAACCGAACUGAUAUUGUAAUGAAACACAAGCUUGGCGGCGGCCAGUAUGGUGACGUGUACGAGGCCAUAUGGAAGAGGUACAACAUGACCGUGGCUGUCAAAACCUUGAAGGAGGACACGAUGGCCUUGAAGGACUUCCUCGAGGAAGCUGCCAUCAUGAAGGAGAUGAAACACCCCAACCUGGUGCAGCUACUGGGCGUGUGCACUCGUGAGCCUCCGUUCUACAUCAUCACCGAGUUCAUGAGCAAGGGCAACCUUCUGGAUUACCUCAGGACGGCCAACAGAGAUCAAAUCAACGCUGUGGUUCUCAUGUACAUCGCCACACAAAUCGCCAGUGGCAUGUCCUACUUGGAAAGCAGGAAUUUCAUACACAGGGACCUGGCAGCCCGAAAUUGCUUAGUUGGCGAGAAUCACCUGGUCAAGGUGGCUGACUUUGGACUGGCAAGACUGAUGCGUGACGACACGUACACUGCUCAUGCAGGUGCCAAAUUCCCCAUUAAGUGGACGGCCCCGGAAGGGCUGGCGUACAAUAAGUUUUCAACCAAGUCUGAUGUGUGGGCAUUUGGAAUCCUGCUGUGGGAAAUUGCCACGUACGGCGUGUCUCCGUACCCUGGGAUUGAGUUGACUGAUGUUUAUCAUAAGCUAGAAAAGAACUACAGGAUGGAGUGCCCGCCUGGGUGCCCACCCAAAAUCUACCAACUCAUGUGUACGUGCUGGCGGUGGAAUCCCAACGACCGACCCACCUUCAAGGAAAUCCACCACUCUCUGGAGAACAUGUUUCAAGAGUCGAGCAUCACCGAGGAGGUUGAAAAGCAGCUCCAGGGAGGAACACCUCAACUGCCUUAUAAGAAGCCCCAUGCUGGCAGCACUGGGAACAUUCAUGGCCUUGUGGAGCAAAUGGCAGCAGCUGAGAGUACGGGCAGCAAGCUGUCAACCUUUGCGGUGCCCUCCACCAACAAGGGUGCGAUGGUGCAGCUGCGGCGGACAACCAACAAGCGGGGGAAGCAGGCGCCUGCGCCACCCAAGAGGACGAGCCUGCUGUCAUCGUGCAGCUCAUUCAGGGACAGCACUUACGACCAGGAGGCCGUUGACGCCGACGACGAUCUAAACGGUAUUGAAAAGAUCUUUGAAGGCAUAACGAAAGAUCUGCAGACCAUGAGCAAGGGGGACAGUGAAGGAGAGCUGCAGGAUCAAACACCAGACACUGAUGACUCAGGUGCUCACUCAUACCCUGAAGCAACCGGUGCUUUCUUCCAAGGGACAUCAUCGUUCAAGCGCGCCCCGGUGAUGGGCAACCGCGGCCUGGAGCAGCGCACGGGCAAAAAGUCGAAAACGUACCCACCGAAAGAGGCCUCGCAGCACCCCAAGGUGCACGUGGCCGCCCUGGAGGUGCAAAACGUGAAGCGGGCCAUCAACAGGUACGGCACGCUGCCCAAGGACGUGCGCAUCGACGCCUACCUCGAGUCAAUGCGGCAGGACGCGGCAGCCGAUCUGCAGCCGAGUGACGACCUGUCCACCGAGUUGCAGCAGAACCAAAUGACGCGCAGCAACUCGUCGGGCGGCGGCGGCUUCCACCCGCUGUCGCCCAAGCAGCGGACGCGCGAGGCGGCCAACCUGCGCACCUUCCGUACCGGCAGCCCGUCGCGGGCGCACCAGCCAAGCCUUGCCGACCUCGAGUUCCCGCCCCCGCCGUCGGACCUGCCGCCGCCGCCCGAGGAAUUUGACAAUGAAAGGCCCUACACGCCUGAGUUGCCUCCGCCGCCCGCCUCCAAACAGCAGUCGCAUCACGCGACGCCGAGCCCCGAGCGGCGCCGCAAGGCGCUACCGUCGCCCAGGACGGUGCGUCACCUAAAGAAGCCCAGCGGUGACGAGGAGGACGUGGCCACCCUGGCGCCGUCAGUCGAGGAGGCGAGUUCGCGCUUUGGCGUCAGUUUACGCCACCGCGAGCCCUCGACCGACUCAUGCAGCAGCGCCAAGUCGGCCGGCCCCACGGCGGCCAACUCGGCCUCGCCAGACUCUGCAUCACCGGGCAACUCAAACAAGUCAUCGGACGACGGUCGCCUCAAGGAGCUGAUGGAGCUCAAACUGGCCGCUGAGAUUAAAGAGAAGGCUGACUCCAAGUACGGUAAGCCCAGAGAGAUUUCUCCCGUGGAGACGUCCAUUCUGGAUCCGGCCGCGCAGCUCGUAGCUGAGCUUGGCGAGAGCCUCCGCCCGCAGCACAAGCCCAUCGAGACUAAGAGCGCUUUGAGGAAAGUCAGUGACUCCAACUCGACUAGUUUCAAGGCGCAGCUCAAGAAGUUUGACUCUCAGAAGAAGGAUGCCGAGACGGACAGUCCGAUCAACUUCAAAUCUCGCCUAAGAAAGAUUGACAGUUCGGAUAAGAACCGCAAGCAGGAUGAGGAGGAGAAAGAAAGCGUUGAGAAGAAGCGAGACAGCGGUGAGGGUAUGCGCGCCGAUGAGCCGGAGGACAAGCGCAAAAGCACGGGCAGCAUCAGCAGCCUGAAGAAGCUGUGGGAGAACAAGGAUGACGAGACGGCAGCUGUGGCCAAGGAGGUGGCAAAGGAGGAGGCCAACGAGGACGAGGGCAAGGUGGCGAGCAAGCGCGUGUGGCCGCCGCCAGCUGACGAGAAACCUGCCGUGCCGACCAAGCCGGCCGUUGUUAAAGCGGCCAAGCCGGUGCUGCCAGCCAAUACAGUGGCCAAGACCUCAUCCAUCUACGCCACGCCGACGCCGUCGACGCUCGGCGCCAAGAGCGUCAGCAGCAGCAGCAGCAACAAGAGUCCGCCGCCGGUGCCGACCGAGAAGCCGCCGGCCACCAGUAGCAAGGACAGCAUCCUAGAAAUCUCGCAGGCGCUUGAAACAAGCCUCGCGUCGCUCAAGUCGGCUAACAACGUCAGCACCUCCAGCAUUAUCCAGCUGUCUGACAAGGUGGGUCUGUUCCAUGGGUCAUGCCUGAGUUUCUCAGACGGCAUCCCGCCGCACGGCCGCUUCCAGUUCCGCGAGCUGCUCACGCGUCUGGAGCAGCAGGCGCGACUGCUGCGCUCGGCCGGCUCUCGCAACUCAGCCGACAACGCCAGACUCUUCACCGACGUGCAGAACACGAUCAGGGACGUUGUGAACGCGGUGCAGAGAUAACUGUCUAGUUCUUCCCCGUCGCCGCCGCCUUCGCCGCGAAUCGAACACUGAAAGCCGCCAACCGGCCGGGUCUGCUCUCUCCCUACCCCUCCCCGCCCCGCGCCCCCUCUCGUAGCUGAAAGCGACCCCCGUUGAAUCCACUAUUGAGUACUAUUUACUAUGGCUUGGCAAGUUGCAGAAAUAGGAUUUUAUUUUCUGUGAUAUCCUCUGAUUUGCAUUUUGUGCAAAAUUGAUUGAUGAUUGCUCGCUCUCCUUGGUCGAAACUUGAGUGGAACGCUGUCUUCUGAACCGAAUCGUAGACGCUGCAGUCAGGGUCGGUGCCGGACCCUCCCGCGGAAACGUUGAGAAAGCCGACUUUCUCGUGCUAGUCUUUUAUUUCUGUUGUAAAUUGCUUCUUCGGUUUUUUACAAGUGAGAAAUGUGCCGCGUAAGCAGGAGAGUAUAAGUGUAGCUUUUCCCCCGGAAUUUUCCAAGUACACAGUCGUUUUAAUCGGUUGCUUUUGUUCAAUUGUUUUGUAAACACGCAUUUGAAAUCGCUCCCAGUGAUGGGGAUACGAAAGAAAAGUCAUUCCGACACUCUUUUCGUCAUUCCUCGAGUUUCUGCUGCAAUUUGUUGUCUUGUUAAAUGAUUUACUGUGAUUUUGGUUUCAGAUUUUUCACGAAUUGCCAUGGUUAUUUAAAAAUAUUACACUCUAUAUAAAUGUGAAAAGUAUGAACUCUUUAUAUUUUCCUUUUGUACAUAAAUAUUGAUACGAGAAGGAAUAAUUGCUAUAUACUUUGUAACCGUAACAUAAUGUGUAAUGAGUGUGAACUUUAUAAAGUAAAAGAGAAUAAACUAGAAAUGAAAAAUGCA